AUGGGGACCUAUAUUUCUCAGGUCAAGCACUCACUCUCUUUAACUCUUUCCCACUUCCGUCCUCUUGCCGGUAACCUCACUUGGCCUCCAAAUUCCAUCAAACCCAUCAUCACGUACAGUACUCCAGAUGAUGGUAUUAAACUUACAGUUGCCGAGUCCAGUGCAGACUUUGACCAUCUCUGUAGUGAAGUACAUGAUGCUAAUGAGUCACAUCAUUAUGUGCCAAAUGUAUCAAUAUCUGAUACUAUAGCAUCUACACUCGCUAUUCAGAUCAUUUUAUUUCAAAAUAAAGGUUUUUGCAUCGGCCACACCACUAACCAUGCUGUUCUUGAUGGCUUGAGCGUAUCCUUCUUUAUGAACGCAUGGGCUCGCAUUUGCACACAGUUAGUCGAUGAAAAUAUGGAAAACCAUGGCUUGUUACCGGAAGAAUUAACCCCGUUUUUCAAUCGAACAGCUGUUCAGGAUCCAGAAGGGUUAGACAUGUCGUACUUGAAAUUCUGGCUGGGAGUGAAAUCUCCAGGUUCUGAUAACAAUCCUAGGAGUUUGAAGCCUUUUCCGCUUUCAGAAAUACCACCAAAAUUGGUAAGGACUGUUAGCACAACACAAUCUGACAGCAAGCAUUGUGAGAAUUCAAUGGAGAGAUAA